UGUGCUUUUACUGAGCGCGCAUUUAUAAACAAUGGGGGAGACACUUGUAACUUAUAAUUUGCCCUGGGUUGAAAAAUAUCGACCAGAAAAGCUAGAUGAUCUUAUAGCUCAUGAGGACAUUAUUCGAACAAUUAAUAAAUUUAUUAAAGAAGACAGGUUGCCACACUUGUUGUUUUAUGGACCACCUGGAACUGGUAAAACUUCAACUAUUCUUGCCUGUGCUAAGCAAAUAUACUCGCCAGCAGAGUUUGGAAGAAUGGUUCUUGAGUUGAAUGCAUCGGAUGAUCGUGGUAUUGGUGUGGUGAGGGAACAGAUACUGAGCUUUGCGAGUACACGAACUAUUUUCAAAUCAGGAUUCAAACUGAUUAUACUUGAUGAAGCUGAUGCCAUGACAAAUGAUGCUCAAAAUGCUCUUAGGAGAGUUAUUGAGAAGUUUACUGAAAAUACCAGAUUUUGCUUGAUAUGCAACUAUUUGUCGAAAAUUACUCCUGCCAUUCAGUCCCGAUGUACAAGAUUCAGAUUUGGUCCUCUCACAAACAAGCAAAUAUUGCCUCGAUUGGAAUAUGUGAUUGCCAAUGAAAAGUUAAAUGUCACUGAAGAUGGACAAAAAGCUUUAAUAGAUUUAGCCCAAGGAGACAUGAGAAAAGUUAUUAAUGUUCUUCAAUGUGCUGCUCUAGCUUUUGAUGUUGUAAAUGAAGAAAAUGUCUAUGCUUGUGUUGGUCAUCCCUUAAAGUCAGACAUCAACAAAAUAGUGAACUGGUUGUUAAAUGAUGAUUUUACUGCUGCAUAUAAAAAUAUAAAUGAUAUGAAAACAGCAAAGGGACUUGCACUGCAAGAUAUUUUAACUCAAGUACAUCUAUAUGUUCACAGAAUUGAAUUACCAGUGGAUGUUAAAAUACAUUUACUUGAAAAAAUGGCGAAUAUAGAAGAUAAUUUAACAGCUGGGACAAGUGAAAAAUUACAGCUUAGUGCACUAAUAUCAGCUUUUCAAGUAGCUCGAGAUAUGGUCUCAUGAUGUCAUUUAUUUACAAAUUGUUUGAAUAUUAUUUUAUAUAUGCACAUUUGGCACAAAAUAUCUGUAUUGUAAGUAUCACAGUUAUGUUAGAUGUCUUUGAAUUUUUAUAAAAAUAAAAAUGCAAAAUAUUCAUUUUGUGUGUAUUGUCAUUUUAUGGAUUUAAAUAAAUACUAUAUGUAUUAAAAUACAUAGUACUGGAAUGAAAAGAUGAACAAUAUUACCUUGUUGCAUAGCUGCCAACUUUGUGGUCUUACCAGGACACUCGUGAUUUUCAUCAUAGCUUCUGGUUUUUAAUUUUUAGCCUUUACUACGGAAAAUAUUUUCCAGAAUUGAAAGAGAUAAACAAGUGUAGUGCACACAGUCGAACUCAAGGUAUAAUCCAAACAAAUAUUUACCAAAAAAUUUUGUAUCCAAAAAGGAAGUAGCAGUAUUUUGACUUCUUGAAAAAAUGACAAAUGAAAUAAAAAACAAACUAUGAACUAAAAUACUUUGUUAUUACUAUGUAUUAUAAAAUACAUAACAACAAUAAAAAAACUUUUGAAUUAAUUUUAUGGAGCCCUUCAUGAUAAAUAAAAAAUUAAUCACUCUUAUAAUGCAUAUUUUUAAUUCUCAAAUUAUAAUAAAGACUGACUUUAUGCACAUAACUGUGUUCACUUAAAAGCCAAAGGAAUAGAAGCAGAGAUAUGUUUCUAAACAAUCUCUCCCCCCAGAGAAUUAUAAAUUGUUCCUUUUAUCCUUUUAAAUCAGUAUAUUAAAAAAAGUAUGAUUCCUUUCAUUAAAAUGAAGAUAUUUUUUGGCUGCAUUUAGUUAACAACCAUUAUAUCAAAAUUAUCAAUUAUUUUUUAGAAUGACAAAGAAAAUUCAUCUAAAUUGAAUACUGCUCUCAACGUACCCCACUCUAAAAGUAUCAAACCAUUUUCAAGAAUCAUUAAAAUUCACAACACUGUAGAAUAGUUCUUUACUAUUUUUUUAUCAAUGUUAUUAAACAAGGAGAUGAAUCAGUUUUAUGAUGUGGAAGAAUCCCAACUAAAAAAAA